GUCUUGUUGAACAAACAAUUAGAAUUAGAAUUAACAAAACAAUGGGCUGUCAUGAACUAAAAUUAAACAGAAUACCCUUCUUCUCCGCUUUCUCAACUCUCUCUCCCAACAUUUCUCAGGUUAAAUUUUCUAUUUGAGUUAUUAUUUCAAAAUGACCUCAAACUAAUGUUAUCAUACACACUUGGAAUUCAUUGGAAGGAAAAAAUAAACAUAAUAUAAACAAUAUUGGUUUUGUUUCUUGAUUUUGGUGAAACAAAUAAAUAUAAAUGGGAUAUCUCAAUUCAGUUUUGUCCUCUUCAAGUCAGGUUCAUGCUAUGGAUGAUGCACCUGUAAGCGGUGGCGGUCUCAGUCAUAAUGGAAAAUUCAGCUAUGGGUAUGCUAGCUCGCCUGGAAAGAGAUCUUCAAUGGAAGAUUUUUAUGAGACAAGAAUUGACGGUGUUGAUGGUGAAAUAGUUGGACUUUUUGGAGUUUUUGAUGGUCACGGCGGUGUUCGUGCUGCUGAGUAUGUUAAGAAAAACUUAUUUAGUAAUUUGAUCAGUCACCCAAAAUUCAUUUCUGACACCAAAUCAGCAAUAUCUGAUGCAUAUAAUCAUACCGAUUCUGAAUAUCUGAAAUCAGAAAAGAAUCAUCACAAAGAUGCAGGAUCUACUGCAUCUACUGCCAUUCUAGUUGGUGAUCGGUUGCUUGUUGCAAAUGUUGGAGACUCCAGGGCUGUUAUUUGCAGGGGUGGUAAUGCAAUUGCUGUUUCUCGAGAUCAUAAGCCAGACCAAACUGAUGAGAGGCGAAGGAUUGAAGAUGCAGGUGGCUUUGUUAUGUGGGCUGGAACUUGGAGAGUUGGAGGUGUUCUUGCUGUUUCUCGUGCAUUUGGUGAUAGACUUUUGAAGCAGUAUGUUGUUGCUGAUCCAGAAAUCCAGGAAGAAAAAGUUGACAGUUCUCUUGAGUUUCUUAUUCUGGCCAGUGAUGGGUUAUGGGAUGUCGUCUCAAAUGAGGAAGCUGUUGCUCUGAUAAAACCAAUUGAGGAUGCAGAGGAGGCAUCAAAGAGACUGAUGCAAGAAGCAUAUCAAAGAGGUAGUGCUGACAAUAUCACUUGUGUCGUUGUUCGUUUCUUGAUGAACCAAGGCACGUCUUCUCGUAGUAGCACACUAGCACCGGGUAAUUAAGCGUCUUUAGUUAGAGGGUUUGUGCAUUGGUGAAGUGGUGGAUAUCAAUCUAAACAUGAGAGACGUGGAAAAAAUCAGCAUAUAAAGCAACCUUGUGGCUUGUGUGUACCAUACAAGAAUAUAUAGGAAACUAAUUCAAACUCGUUAUGAUCCUCUUAAAUAGAAAUGUUCUCACUGUAUUUACAUAAGUUUUAGUUAGGAAAAUAUUAAUGUGUGUAAGGAGAUUAACCAGGCUUAUAAUUGCUACUGCUGCUUGUAAUUAACUAUGGUCCUUGUCUAAAGUUUAAACUGAAUCAUUAUAUAUAUAUAUAAAAAAAAACUGAAUCAAACAA